AUGGCCUCCCUCCUAGACGCUUACGAAAACCCGGCGAGUGCAGAGAGGUAUUAUCACGUGUACGAGAAGACGAAGCUUCUACAAGCAACGACAGAGCAGAGUUUGAAGAGUGUACUGAAGAAUGCGAACCAAAUGCACGCUCUGGAAAUCCGGUCUAGAGAAAUGGAGGAUGCGAGUCAGUUUUUGGAAGCGUCAGCGGCGAGGUUGAAGAAGCAUUACUGGUACAACCCAUGUGAUAGUUUGAAUUUUUGUUACAAUUGCCCAUUUGAAUUUCUCUUAUGUAACAAACUUACAACAGAGUCCUUUGUCUUGUUAAAAUGAACCCACCACUCGUCACCAUCAUCGUCAGAACAUGAUCGAGACUUCAUCACUCUCUCAUAUCAUUCUCAAAUCAACAGGUGGAAGAAUAAGCUAUUGAUGAGCACGAUAGGCAUAGUUGCCUUGAUAAUCCUGCUCAUUGUGGUGAUAAAAGUGCUACCUUCAAGUGGAGAGAAUCCACCUGCGGUGCCACCUCCUGGAGGUGGCACCAAUGGUGGUGACAAUGGGGGAAAUAUCCCUUUGAUGCCGUCGACUGCUGAAAACCCAGCGGGUGGAGAGGACCCCGCAAUGGCAGGUACUAGGGAGCUGGAUCAAGUAGUUCUCGGAAGAGAAAUAGAGGUUGGAGGAGACGUGCAGCAUUUACAUACUACUGGCGGAACAGCAGCUCCAAGAAGCGGAGGAUCUCCACGAGGAUCUUCACUUCUACACCAACCGCAGCAUCACCCACUUCCCCAGGAGGAUCUUCACUUCUACACCAGCAGAACGUCUUCAUAGGUAGUCAGCCUCGUGCGUCGCCGAAGAUUCUUGAUGUGCGUCCACCCUCUUCACUUCUACACCAGCAGAACGUCUUCAUAGGUAGUCAGCCUCGUGCGUCGUCGGAGAUUCUUCCGAAGCUACUCGCUGAACCAGAUGUUGAAGACAUGUAAAGAUAUUCAAGAGCUUCCCAUGAUCAUACUACACAUAGAAAGUGUUCGAAAGCGCCCUUUGGAGGAUUGUCUUUCGACAACAUGUUCCGCAUGCAAUCAUAGGUUUGCAAGGUC